AUGUCAACUGAUAGAAGAGUCUCUCCUCAGAUCACUACACCUCCAAUAGACCGAGCUGUUACCGAAGAAUAUCCUGUCAACUUUAGUUGCGUAGCCUCAGGUGUUCCAACACCAACAUUUGUCUGGGAUUUUAAUAAUGGUGACCUGCCAUCUGGUAUCAAUCAGACUGAUCAAAAAGGAGAGUCACUGCUGGUAUUGCCACGCGUCACAAAAGAGAUGGGAGGGACUUACAGUUGUACAGCUAAAAACAAAGAAAAUACAACUAGUUCCUUUGCAGCGCUACGUGUUUAUGGAAAAGCCUCUGCUCAAGUUGUUCCAGAAACAGAUUUAACACUCACAAUGGGAGAAGUCCUCACAUUGACCUGCAAA